AUGCCUUCUUUGCCCGAACCUCUGCAGAGGCAUGUGGUAUCUCAAUUCUUUGGCGCCAUCGGCAACUGGCUUUCCAAAGCCUCCAUCUUGGCAUUUUUUAUCCGCGUCUUUGGCAGCCUUCGGUGGGUUCGAAUUGCCUGCUAUGCCCUCUUCGUCUUACUUUCCAUGGGAACAAUCACGCAUAUAGGCCUAUUCGCAGUGCUCUGCGUUCCGCAUGGGCACGAGAUUUGGGACUUCAAGCUUAUGAUGAGAUGCGGUACCGGUGCGCCGGUGACUGUAGCUGUUGGCGCUUGCACACUGUUGAUUGACAUUGCCAUAUUUGUCCUACCUUUUCCUAUCAUUUCAAGUCUCAAUAUGGACAAAAACAAGAAGCGCGGUCUGAUCAUCGUGUUUCUAAUUGGCUUUGCCAUCAUUGUGACAAGUACCGUUGGACUCGCUUACAGAAUAAUCGUCAUGAACAGCACUGACGACCCAACCUGGAAUGGAGCGAAUGUAUCUAUUACCGCACACUUUUGGAACGAUCAUUGUUAG